CCUGUAUACAGCCUCUAGUUCUCGGGAAAGAAAUGGAGACACAGCCUCGAGACGCGUGCCACAUUGCCCCUCGAGAGCCUGUUUUAUGAAGACAACCGACCCGUGUUUCAAGAGGCGAUGGAAGUGCCCGAAGACCUGGUCGUCAACCAGGAUAUGAAUGCAGAGAAUGCGAGCCUCGAUCUGGAGGCCGGCGAGCACCGGGCGGGCUGGGUGAGAGUGAGGGUGGAGGAGAGCUGGUUCUCCGUGCAGCGGGCUUCGCUGGAAAGGCACAGCAGCUACUUCUGUGCCCUCUUUCACUCCGGGAUGACGGAAAGCCGCCGGGACGAGCUCUACCUGAAGGGAGGAGUGCGAGCGCGGGGUUUCCUCGUCGCCCUCGCCGUCUGCAGGGGCGAGGCGCCCUCCAUCGGCGACCCGGAUGAGCUCGUCGAAGCGGUGGAGUGCGCCGCAUUCCUGCAGGUGGAGUGUCUGGUGCGGCAUCUCUGUGACAUCGUCGACUCGGACAACUGCCUCUUGCUGUACCGCGCGGCCUCCGACUUCGGGGUGCACGCGCUCUUUCACAACGCCGCCCUUUUCCUUUGUGACGCUUUUGAGGAUUUGAAGGACGCAGCCGAGAGUUCGAUAUCUGAUGACCUUCUUCGAUAUUCUCAAUCGUUGUCUCCCGCUACUUACAUUGCGAUAGGCACACACUCUCCUUCGAUGGAAGUGCUGCAGGACUCCUGCAGGGUCAUUUGCUAUCUUGAUGACAAAGAGGGAGACUGGAAGCAUCUGACGCACCUCCCGACUCUGUGUAGCACCGCCAUGGCUGGAGUGGCAGUGCUUGACAAUCGAUUGUAUAUCGUAGGGGGAGUUUACGGCUACGGUAAGGGCACAGUCGACAGCAGCUUUUGCUACAACCCUGACUCAGGAGCUUGGACGACUCUUCCAGGUCCCCAGCAACUACGCCACGACUUUACCCUGCUGGGACACGAGGGCCGACUCUACGCCGUCGGAGGCGAAGUCCAAAAACGGACGACUUCCACGGCAGAGAGUUACAACGUUGAGAAAGGAGAGUGGACCUUUAUACAACACGCGCCAAGACCCGUGGCGUCGGCAGCGUGCGCUGUUGCCAGACGGCGGAUGUUCGUUUGCUUCUGGAAACCCCCAGACACCACCGAUAUCUACGAAUACAUCCCAGCGAAAGACGAGUGGAAACUCGCGACCACCAUGGUCAAAAGUCAAAGCUACGGUCACUGUAUGGUGGCCCACAGAGACAAUUUGUACGUCAUGCGCAACGGGCCUUCCGACGACUUCCUGCGCUGUCGGAUGGACUGCUACAACAUCACGACAGGCCAGUGGACGGCCAUGCCGGGGGACUACAUCAACAGCAAAGGGGCGCUGUUCUCUGCGAGGGUAAAGGGGGACUCCGUGUUCACGGUGAAACACAUGCUAACUCUUGAAUACGCCAUCACUGGGGAUAGAUGGAGGCCCCGCAGGCAGAUGAAGGGGUUUCCAAAGAGCGGUUCGCUGGUCACGUGUUUACUCAGGCUGCCCAAGACGGGGCCAGUCGGACCACGGCUGGCUGCGGAAGGGAAGGAAGGAAAAACGCCUUUGCCGGACAAAUCUGAGGGAUUAUUAGAAGCUCUGAUGGAAAUGUGAUAUUACUGCUAAAAAGCAAUGUUUUUGUGUUUUGAGGAAUACAAUGGAGUUAUGUACAACGCACAAGACCGUGUUUGUUUGUUUCCGGAGCAGACGCCACAGAUACACGACCGUUCAAAAGUUUGGGGUCACUUAGAAAUGUCUUUAUUUUUCAAAGAAAAGCACUGUUUUUUUCAAUAAAGAUAACAUUAAGCAAAAAUACACUCUAUACAUUGUUAAUGUGGUAAAUGACUAUUCUAGGUGGAAACGUCUGGUUUCUAAUGAAAUAUCUCCAGAGGUGUAUA